AAGGAAGAGGAGAGGGGGGCACGACUCGAGAGAGAAGAGGAGAGCGAGGGUGGGAAACUGGGAAUGGUCUCCACUCUGCAGCCAGCCCAGCCGUCGCAGCCUCUCCUCUUCGCCGCCCAGGUCUUAGGUGAUUGAACUAGAAGAAAGAAAAGGUUGGGUUAUCAUGGGUAUUUCAUCUAAGUGGAUUAAAUCACUGGUUCGCAUAAGAAAGCAAGAAAAGGGGAAGACUUCACAAAAUCAAGAAACAACACAGACUACCGAGAGCAGUGAAACCAGCUCUGUUGCUGGACAGCUACACAAACGAAAGCAUUCUCUAGAUUCUGCACUAGAAGAACUUGCAGUACCUAGUGAUACAUCCAAUGAUGACAACAACACGGAGAUGGUUCCAAAUUCCAUUUCUUCAGAAUGUACAUCACUUGAUGUGCAUGUUUCUCAGACUGGAGAAUUUUCUAGACUAGAGGAUUUGGCUGCAACAGUUAUUCAGUCUGCAUUUCGGUCGUUCUUGGCUCAGCGGGCUUUACGGGCGCUGAAAGGUAUAGUUAUACUGCAGGCCCUUGUUAGGGGCCAUAUUGUGAGAAAGCAGACAGCAGAAACACUUCAGUGUAUGCAUGAGCUGGUAAGAGCUGAAGCUCGUGUCAGAGCAAGAGAAGUUGGUGUUGCUUUAAAAAGCCAGAUUGCACGGAAAAAGGUCCCUGAACAAGAUGAUAGUGAGAAUCACGUUCGAGAAAUUGAGGAGGGCUGGUGUGGCGGUACUGGUUCCGUGGAAGAAAUACAAGCUAAAGUACUUAAAAGGCAGGAAGCUGCGGCGAAACGCGAGAGAGCAAUGGCAUAUGCGUUGACUCAUCAGAGGCAAGCUGGUUCAAGGCAACAGAAACCUACAAAUCUGCACGGACUCGAACCUGAUGACAACCACUGGGGAUCAAACUGGGUAGAGAGGUGGGUUGCUGCACGUCCAUGGGAGAACAGGUUACUUGAAAAUAAUCCUAAAGAGAGCAUGCCGACGUGCGAUGAUAAUCAGCAUGAGGAAACAAAGUCUCAGGCCAUACCAAAGGUCAAACUGCCAACUUCAAAUACUCCUAAUGGCCUGAACAAGAAGAAAGGUGCAAACCACAAGAAGUCUUAUUCUGAUGUAAAUUUUACUUCAUUCGGACGAUCACGUGUACUUCCAUCCACCUCUUUGGGAUCGUCCAAACAGAAGCCGAAGUUGGUAGAUGAGGGCUUUGAGGAAGUCAGCUCGCAGCCCAUAGAUAUAGCUUCUUCAUCUGCGCUCAAUCAGAAAGAUAAGCGUUUGCAGCUCAACACAUCAGCCAAGAAGCGGCUCUCCCUGCCAAAUAAUGUUAGCGAGGGAGCAGUGAAGGGGACGAACAGCAAAAAACCGAUGAAUCGAUCUGCCAGCGCUAAGUCUGACCUGAAACCUCGGGCGAGCGCUCCUAACCAAGACCUGAAGCAAGUUGAGUUACAUGGCUGAAUUGCACAUACCCUUUCCAAUCUGACUUGGGCAAAUCUGAUCUGUUCCUGGUGUUUCGUUUCUCCAGCUGUGCAGGCUACAUCUCCGUACAUAGAUUUUUUUUUUUUUGAAAAGUUUGUGCAUCUAGGUUGACGGUGUGUGUCUAUAUUCCCAUUUUGCGAGGUUCUGGCUAUAAUGAUAUAUGUUAUCUUUGUUGUUGUUGUUGUUGUGGUUGUUGAUUUUUCUUAUGUUUUACCCUCUUGUAUGUUGUUCUACCUGCUGAAUCAAGCGUUUAUGUUGUUGUGAUGACAAACA